GCGGACCCGGGCCGCCGAGUGACGGCGGGUGUCGGCAGAGCCGCCAGCAGUCGCGGCGCGGCUCGGCUCGGCUAUGUCCGGUUCACGGGCUACCAGAGACUCGCUGCUGCCGCCCACCCGCCUCCUCAUGUUAUUGUUGUUGUUGUUGUUGGCGGCGGGGAAGUGCUGUGGAAGUUCAGGCACGGUGCUGCCCGAGACACUACUAUUUAUAUCAACUCUGGAUGGAAGCUUGCAUGCUGUUAGCAAACAAACGGGCUCAAUCAAAUGGACCCUAAAAGAAGAUCCUGUGCUUCAAGUGCCCAUGCAUCUAACUGAACCGGCAUUUCUUCCCGAUCCUAACGAUGGCAGCCUCUAUACACUGGGAGGGAAAAACAAUGAAGGACUAACUAAACUGCCGUUCACGAUUCCUGAAUUGGUUCAGGCCUCACCGUGUCGAAGUACUGAUGGUAUAUUGUACAUGGGAAAGAAGCAGGACAUCUGGUACGUUGUCGACCCGAUGACUGGUGUAAAGCAGCAGACUUUAACAGCAUCUUUUGCAGAGAGCAUGUGUCCAUCUACACCUCUGCUGUACCUUGGACGUACAGAGUACAUGAUCACCAUGUACGACACCAAGAACCGGGAGGUGCGCUGGAACGCCACCUACUUUGAUUACUCAUCCACGCUGCCCGAUGAAGACACUGAAUACAAAAUGCUGCACUUUGCAUCAAACGGAGACGGGCUUGUGGUGACGGUGGACAGUGAGUCGGGCGACGUUCUGUGGAUCCAGAAUUACGCCUCCCCCGUGGUGGCCGUGUACAUCUGGCAGCAGGAGGGGCUGAGGAAAGUCAUGCACACCAAUGUCGGCAUCGAAACCCUCCGCUACCUCACGUUCAUGUCGGGGGAGGUGGGACGCAUCACCAAGUGGAAGUACCCCUUCCUGAAAGAGGCGGAAACCAAGCAAAAGCUGAUGCCGACUCUGUACGUGGGGAAAUACUCCACCAGUCUGUACGCAUCGUCGUCAUUGGUCCAUGAAGGAGUGGCUGUUGUGCCACGAGGCAGUGCCUUCCCACUACUUGAAGGUCCUAAAACAGAGCACGUUACAAUCGCAGACCAUGGAGAAUGUGACACCACCCCCAGUAUCAACGUUAACUUCGCACCAGGUGUCAAAAACACAAUCGAUUAUCUAAGGAACCAGUGGUUUCUGAUCGGUCACCAUGAACUGCCACUGGCAGCACACACCAAGAUCCUCAACGACUUUCCUGAAAAUGUGCAGAAAAUUCCAGACAACAUCAUCGCCACCAGCCCGCAGAACGACCUAUUUGAAGAUCAUUACCCAAGCAUUGAUGAAGUUGCGGAGGACUUUGACAUUCUUAACGGCCUCAACGAAAAAUACAGCACAUCGCAGCCAAAGCACGAGGCUCCUGUGGACUCUGUGCUGAAGGACAUGGCCACCAUUGUCUUCAGUACCUUUCUGCUGGCUGGAUGGGUGGCCUUUGUCAUCACCUACCCUAAGACUGUACAGCAGCAGCAACAGUUGCAACAUGAGCAGUUUCAGAAGCACCUGGAGGAAAGGCUGGAGCUCAUGCAGAAGCGGCAACUCAUUUUCCGCCCCCCCAUCCUAGGCCCGGGGUCCGACUUUGUGGAAACGCCGCGACUGAGGACGGAGAGUUCCAGCACCAACACUCCCAGCGUGUCACCGCGAGUCUCCAACCAUUCCGUGUAUUCCAACCACUCCAUCUCCGAGUUCGGCAGCUCCGCCACGGAACAAGAAGAUGGAGAUGACGAUUCUGAUAUGGUGAGAGUUGGGAAGAUUGUGUUUCAUCCAAAGGAUGUCCUGGGACAUGGAGCUGAAGGAACGAUUGUAUUCAAGGGCAGGUUUGAUGAUCGAUACGUGGCGGUCAAGAGGAUCUUGCCCGAAUGCUUCAGCUUCGCGGACCGCGAGGUGCAGCUUCUGCGCGAGUCGGACGAGCACCCGAACGUGAUCCGUUACUUCUGCACCGAGAAAGACCGGCAGUUCCAGUACAUAGCCACGGAGCUGUGCACUGCUACUCUGCAGGAGUAUGUUGAACAAAAGGACUUUGAUCGCCAUGGCUUGGAGCCUAUAAUUCUUCUUCAACAAACCACAUCCGGCCUGGCCUAUUUACACUCGCUCAAUAUCGUUCACAGAGACCUGAAACCGCACAACAUUUUAAUCUCCAUGCCCAAUGCCCAUGGCAGAGUGAAGGCCAUGAUCUCUGACUUUGGUCUGUGCAAGAAGCUGGCAGUGGGCAGGCACAGCUUCAGCCGCAGAUCUGGAGUACCCGGCACGGAAGGCUGGAUUGCCCCGGAGGUGCUGAACGAGGACUGUAAGGCAAACCCGACGUGUGCGGUGGACAUUUUCUCUGCUGGCUGCGUGUUCUAUUAUGUAAUCUCGGAAGGGAGUCACCCCUUUGGAAAGGCCCUGCAGCGACAAGCCAACAUUUUACUGGGUGUCAGCAACCUUCAAUGUUUCAAACCAGAUGCACACGACGAUAUUAUUGCUCGUGACUUAAUUCAAGAAAUGAUAAACAUGGACCCUCAAAAACGCCCCUCGGCCAAGUGUGUCCUGAAAAACCCUUUCUUUUGGAGUCUUGAGAAGCAGCUUCAAUUUUUCCAGGAUAUCAGUGAUCGAAUAGAAAAGGAACCUCUGGAUGGACCAAUAGUGAGAGAACUCGAACGGGGAGGGCGAAGUGUGGUUCAAGGUGACUGGAAAGAGCAUAUCACCGUCCCUCUGCAGACAGAUCUCAGAAAAUUCCGAUCGUAUAAAGGGAGCUCGGUGCGAGAUCUGCUGCGUGCAAUGAGGAACAAGAAACAUCAUUAUAGAGAAUUGCCCGAGGAUGUACGUGAGACUCUGGGCUCGGUCCCGGAUGAAUUUGUUUGCUAUUUCACUCUCCGUUUCCCCCACCUGUUACUCCACACAUACUUGGCAAUGCGGAUCUGCAGCCAGGAGAGAGUGUUUCAUCCGUACUACUACCAGGAGGCAGCGGAACUGAGACAGUUGCCACCGUCCGUGACUGACAACUUCCAAUAGACCAAGGGAUGGAAGGUUGAAAGGGAAAUGUUUCAGUUUGUAAAUGCAUUCCAGCUACGAGGCCUUCAAAGGGCAACGUGGCAACGUGUGAAGAGACUACUCCUUGCGGUCUGACACUUACAAAAUAGACAUGUCGACAAGCCAAACCUCAAAGUGUCUACUAAAGCUGCAGGAUAAUCUGAGGCAGAAUGUGAAUGUAGUCCUCCAGUUAAUGGAGCUGCAGUUUGACUGCCUCUACAUCUUUAAUACAAGUCAAUAUUUUCCUCACAGGAAGAACAUUUUUUUUUUAUGAAGUAAAACAAAAGUCCUGGUGACAAACGCCAUCAGUUCUGGGCUGUUCCGUGCUUUAUUGUUUCGGUGAAGAAGGAGGAUAUCAGCCAAGUUAUAAUCCUGAAGUAUAAAUGUGUUUCUUGGUUACGGCUGCUCCUAGGAUUGGAGCAUGUCCGACACCAUUGUGGAUCAAUUUACUUGAAUGGAUAGGGCAGAUCAGCACAGUAUCGUGUGAACCACAACAUUUCUCAGUCCAUUGAUCAUUUCCCAUAAACAGGACAAUGAACGACUAAAUCAGCAGGAGAUUGGUUAUCCAGACAAAACAAUGAGCCCAUUGAAAGCUGUGCUUUCAGACCUCCUUGAGUAGAGGUUUGUACUGGGGCACUGUCCUUAUUUAGUCUCAAAUUUAUAGCUUUAUAUAACUCUGCACUGUUUGUGAUCCUUUUCCAUCUUUAAGUCCAAAUACAGGUGAUCAUUCCCUAAGUUUACACUCGAGUUGAAUGACAGUGUUCUUCACACUCUUAUCCAUGGAGACAAAGCAGUCCACAUGCCUGUUUAAAUGGGGGCAACAUGUACCAAAGGCUUGUUACCCUGUGUAUCUACCCUCUGCCCGCUCGAGCUGCACACAGCAGCAUAUCAUGGUCAUAGCAAUGCACGUGGAUUGGCUCCACUGGCAUUACUUACCCUUCUCAUGUUAAACACAUGAACUACUGUAUUUUCAGAUAAAACAAUAGACAAUAGGUGCAGGAGUAGGCCAUUCGGCCCUUCGAGCCUAUUCAAUGUGAUCAUGGCUGAUCAUCCAAAAUCAGUACCCCGUUCCUGCUUUCUCCCUAUAUGCCCUGACUCCGCUAUCUUUAAGAGCCCUAUCUCGCUCUCUCUUGAAGGUAUCCGGAGGACCAGCCUCCACCGCCCUCCACACUCACAACUCUGCCAUCCUAAAUAGUUUCUCCUCCCUCUUUGUUUCCCUCCCCAAGCUCCCGUGCACGGUUUCUGAUCUGAGGCAGCACAAAAUCCAGGUGUAGUGUUCAUCGGGACAGGACCUUGCGGCUACCAAGCAAGCGUAUCCUAUCCUUUGUGUACUAUUGUCACUGUGUGCUACCUGGUCUCUGCUUGAAUACCCUCUGACAGAAGGGCCAUGAUCACCACCUCACACGGAACAUAAAUCCCACUGCUCUUCCCAGUGGCAGCAGUCCUUGUUGUAAACAAAAGAUGGACACAAAAUGCUGGAGAAACUCAGCGGGUGAGGCAGCAUCUAUGGAGAGACAUUUCGUCGCCUAUUCCUUUUCUCCAUAGAUGCUGCCUCACCACUGAGUCUCUCCAGCAUUCUUUAUCUACCUUCGAUCUGUUCCAGCAUCUGCAGUUCUUUCUUAAUCAACUGGUAGUAAACUAUCUGUGUUUGGGACUUUGAGUGGGGAACGGUUAUUCACAACACAGUGCAGUCUAUGUUUUCAUUAUCUGCAUAAUCUUUUUAUGGUGCUGAUAAUUAAAAGGAGUAAUUUAUUUAUUUAUUGGGGGGGUUAUCUUUAUAUCUGGUGAGUGAUAGAUUUAACUUUAUAAUGUUUAAUGUAUGUUCAGAGCUGAUUUUAAAGUACGCGUUUUCUGCAUAGUUUCAAAUUUAUUUGUUUGCAAUGUAAGAUGUUUCUGCUGAGUGUUAAUAUUCUGUUGGUUUGUUAGUUGUGAAAAAUAAUGUGAAAAUAAUGAGCAUUGCCUUAACUCUAAGAGUAUGUGUAAUGCGAUCGGGCUUGGUUCCUUUAUAUUUUGGCAAUUGCACUAAACGAUUUAAUCUGUCUUUA